AUGCAAGAGAAUAUUUCUCGUUUCUAGAUAUACAAGCAAUGCAUGGUUGAGCUUUUACCAAAAGUUGGAAAGCUUAUUCCAAAGAAUAAAAAAAACCUAAAAAUUGAGGCUGAUAAAAUAUAAGAAAGCAUUAAAACUCUGAAUGAUUAAACAUUUGAAAAUGCCAAUUCUACUAUAAACUUUUUAAAAGAUUUACUUGACUUGAAAGUGCCAAAAAUUACAGAAAUAGUGCUUUUUUACCUUGAAAACUUAAUAGCAAAUUAGCUUAUAGAUGGAUAUGCAAGUUAUAGCACAAGCAAAACUUAUGAAGAUGAAAUUUUAUAGAUGGUAAUUGAAUGUAUUGGUAUUAAAGAAGAUAACAUCCACUUAUCAGUAGUUAAAAUUCUUCACACAAUAGUAAUCUCUCCUGUCUUCACUAUUUAUGGGGACAAUUUAAUGUAUUUGACACAGGCUUUAAUAAAUAUUUAUAGUCAGAAUAAUAAUAGCAAAAGUGCAAGUUUACAAAAUAUCACUUUGGCUGCUCUUAAAAGUAUAGUUAAAAUAGUUUUUGAUAGGAUGGAGAAACUUACAGAAAUAACGAAUGAAUAAUAAGAAAUAUUUUUUUUUAAGAGAUGCAUUACAUCGAAUAGAGCAGGAGAAUUACUUUUUCAAGAUAAUUGCACUAGUGGCAAUAAUUUGAAUUAAGAAAAUAAGCAAAAUUUUGAGUCACCUAAAAAUUCAUUCUAAAACCUUAAUAGCAUUCACUAAGCAAGACUUUCUCAGCAUAGUAACAGAUAGCAACAAUCAGAAAAUAUGGAAGAAGAACAAUUUGACCCAGCAAAAAUAUUAAAUUUAAACUAACAAUCCUAAGAUGAUAACUCCUAAAACGUUUUAGAUUAACUUUUGAACAAUUAAAUAUAGUUUUACUGCCAAUAAACUGUGACUAACCUUGUUGAUAAUACAGUCAUUUACUAUGAAAAAUAAAAAUAAGUUGGAGAAGAUAAUCAGACAAAUAUGAUACCUCUCUUGUGCGUACCUCCUAUAAAUUAAGAAACAACUGAAAAAUAUACUUAAACUAUUUAAGUGAGCAUAGAAAAUGAAAAGAACUAGGUUUCAGGCAAAUACGGAUGGUGCUUUAUUUGUAGGAAAACAGCCAAUUUUUAUUGCAGAGAAACCAGAGUUGCUAUUUGUUGUCCUGAGUGCAAAUAAAAGCACAUAAAAUAGAUUGAAGACAUAUUUUAAAUGUAAAGCAACAAAUUUUAGAUUAAAAAGAACUAAUAUUUAGAUGAUGGUAUUGAGCUAUUUAAGAUAUUAUGCAAUUUAUCAAAAAGAGAUGGAGCAAACUUAAAUAGCUAAAUGAAUCCAUAGAGCUUAAGAUCAAAGAUCAUUUCUUUAGAAAUGCUAAAGGUUAUUAUAGAAAAUACAGGAAUUGUUUUUUUAAGCAACUUUUAGCAGCUGGUAAAGGAGUAAUUAAUUCAUUCUGUGCUCCUCAAUUCUAUGUCUCAAGAUUAAAAAGUUGUUUAGCUUUCCCUUUCUAUCCUAGUUUACUUAUUUAUUGAUUUCAGAGAUAACUUAAAGAAAGAAUUAGAAAUGUUUACUAAAGAAAUACUUUUGAAGAUGCUUGAAAGCAGUAAUACUAUCUAUCAUCAUAGAUUUUAUGUUUUAUAAGUAUUCAGUAUUAUUUUUAAGCUACCUAGAGUUAUUUUAGAAAUGUUUGCUAAUUAUGACUGUUAACUCAAUUCAAAGAAUAUUGCACAAAAUAUUGUUGAACAACUUGCUAAAAUAUCUCAAGGUAAAUACUCCAAGGCAGAAUACUCAACUCUCUUUUAACCUGGCUAAGAGUAAAAUCUUAGGGAGACAGCACUUUAGUCCUUAGUAGAGAUUGUUAAAAAUCUUAUUCCUUUUACACUUCUCUCUGAAGAGUACUCCUCAAUCGGAUCACCUUAAAUUGGUAGGUAGGCUAUAGAUAAUCAUCAUCCUCUUUAUGGAUCAGAUAAGUAAAUAGACAAAGCUAGCAAAUCAGUAAGUAAUAUUGACGAAGAAGAACAAAAAAACACAACUUAAAUAACUCAAGUUGAGUCUUUACCAAGAGAAAUUCCUUUUAGCCCCUAAAAGAAUGGAUCCUCUCAAAAUUUAGGAAAUACUUCUUAGUUUAACAGUGUCGGUGGUGCUACUGGUGUUUCAGAUAGUUCGCUAAAUCAAGAUGUUUUCAAUGAAGACACUGUCCAAGAAUAGAGGAAGAGAAAAAUUUAGAUCUAAAAGUGUAUUGAAAAGUUUAACUAUAAAACUAAAUAAGGACUAAAUUUUGCUUUUAAUGAAAAUAUUAUUGAAAAACCAGUUGAUAUCAAUAAAAAGCCCUCUGAGAAUGAAGCUGACGAAAAAGAUUUAGCAAUUUGGCAGAGAUCUGUGUAUUAAUUGUCUGAAUUAUUAUACUAAUAAAGAGCAUCAAUUGACAGAGCAUAGUUUGGAUUAUUUUUCGGUGAUGAAUGUAAAUACAACUAAGAUGUAUUUUAGCAGUUCCUAUCAUACUAUGAUAUGUCUAAUCAAAAUAUAGUCUCUUCUUUAAGAACACUUUUUAAAGUUAUGUAUCCUCCUAAUACUUAAGAAGCUCUUGAUAGAAUAUUGUAAUAAUUUGGAGAGAAGUAUAUCAAAGAAAAUCCAAAUGUCUACAGAAAUGCAGGAGUUACUUACACUUUAUCUUAUGCUAUAAUGAUGCUUUAAACGAAUCUCUAUAAUCCAUAAAUUAAGGAAAAAGAAAAACUAAAUUUAUAGAAAUUUAUUAAUCUAGUUUCAAAGAUUGAUGAUGGAGAUGAUCUACCUAUUGAAUAAAUUGAGUUUAUAUUCAACAGUGUUAAAGAUCAACCUCUUGGCUUCCAUGACUAAGAAGAAUAUCACAUUAAAUAAAAAGAAGCAAUUAACUCAGAUGCUGUUUUAAAAACAAAAAAAUUUAAAGAAGAAUAAGAGAAAAUGUUAGCAUAAGGAAAAUAAAUCAUUCUAAAUGAUAACAAUGAUGAAGAUUCUUAAAAAUUCAUUAAAGUUCUCAAUUCUAAUUUUACUAAAGAGUUGCUUGACGUGAUAUGGAGUCCUUUAUUUGCUACCUUUUCACAAGGUCUUGAGCAAACAGAAGACAAAAACUUCAUCAUGAAAUGUCUUGAGGGUAUUAAAUUUUGUAUUAUGCUUCUUGGGCGUUUCUAGCUAAACUUUUAAUAAGAAACUUUUGUUUAGUGCCUUACUAAGAAUACAGGACUCUUAUAGGAUAAACCUUUUUCAAUAAAGAAUAUCCUUUCUAUUUGUUGUAUGACUGAGAUAGCAUCUACCAGUGGAAAUUGGCUUAGAGGAUCUUGGAAGAGCGUGCUAGAGUGCUUAUCAAAGAUAGACUAUUACUUUUAAGGUGAUUUCACUAUCAAAGAGUAAGCUUACUAGCAAUAGUUGCAACAAUUGGAAAUAGAAAAGUCAAAUUAAAAAUUAAUUUUUAUCUCUCUUGAAAAUGAAGCAAUCGAUAAAAUAUUUAGUUCAACUUCUAAAUUUGACAGUGAUUCAAUUUAAGAUUUUAUAGACUGCCUGUGUUAGACUUGCAAAUAAGAAAUAAAUCAGCCUAAACCUAAAACUUUUAGUCUGUUGAGAAUUUCAGAGGUAGCAGAGUUUAAUAUGGAUAGAGUAAGGUAUGAAUGGAACAAAAUUUGGCAAACUUUAAGUAUUCUAUUUUAGGAGGUAGGAACGAAUCAUAAUUCUUAUUGUGCUUAAUUAGUCAUAGAUUAAUUGAAAUAGCUAAGUAUGAAAUUUUUAAAGAAAACUGAGCUGUCUCAUUAUAGCUUUUAGAAAAUGUUCCUCCAACCUUUCUUGUACAUUUUCGAAAAUACUAAUCCCGCCAAGUAUGAAAUAUAUGAGUUAGUCUUAAGAUGCAUAAUAAUGAUAACAAGCAUUAACUUUGAUAACCUGAGAUCUGGAUGGAGUGUAAUUAUUUCAAUAGUGAGACUCACUAUUAACAAAAAGAUAGAUUCAUUGAUAUUACUUGCUUCUUAGAUCAUAGAUUAAAUCUUCUUGAAAGACAGAACUCUUGAAAAUUUAUAAGAAGAAAUUCCUUAAAUAGUUGAUAUUUUAUGCAAACUUAUAAACUAUAAAAAUUAACAAAUAUGCUAGAGUAGCAUUAGCUACUUAAACAAACUCAUCGAUUACCUAGUUUUGCAUUCUAAAAGUGUCUAAAAUACAUUUUCUCAAUCUUAAAAUCUAAGUGACUAGAAGAGUGAUCUUAGAAUAUAAUUUGAAGCCAAACAGUAAAGGGCUUAAGAAUAUGAAAAAAUGCUAUAACAACUUUUGAUGCCAUCUUUAUUAUGUUUAAGUAGAACUUUCGAAGAAAAUAGACUUACAGUCUAAAGACAAAGAAUAGAAGUGCUUUUUAAGUUAGUAGAGUCUUACAGCUAUUUAUUUACAGAAGAAUUUUGGCAGGAACUUUUCACAUAGUUAUUUAUCCCAUACUUUGAGCAUUUAAGUAGCUUUUAUGAAGAUUAAAUAAAUAAAUAGCAACAAUAAUUAUAAUAGCAAUAACAAUAGCAGUAAUAACAAUAAUAAUAACAAUAAUAAUACUAAAAUUAAAAUUAAUAUUAAUUCAUUGUGCAUCAUAUGAAAGAUACUGUUUAAAUUUCUUACGACUCCUUGAUAGAAAUUUUCUACUAAAAUUUCAAUAAACUUUCGUCUUGCCUAAAGUAUGUUCUUAAUAUAUUGUAAAAGAGUAUUACUCGUUAUUAGAAGGUUACUUCUCAAAUUGCUGCUGAAUAAAUGUAAAGCUUGCUGUUGAAUGUUGGUGAAUAUUUAACAAAUGAGCAGCUUGAUCAAGUUCUUGACUUUUUAGGAGUUGUUUUUGAGUCUUCUUUUCCAUAAGAGCUUCAGCAAUUAUAUUAGUCAAAUGACCACCUAAAAAUGACAUACGAUCAUGUUUUUACUAAUAAAUUAGUAAAUAACAUAAAUUAAGUUGAUAUAAAAUUAACUUUAGAGCCUACAACGAUUAUGAAUAAAAUUGUUAUAUGGCUAAUUUGUAUAAAUUGUGUCAAGGAAUACUUUAGUAAGUUCUCUUUCAAAUUCACAUAUUAAUAACUUGAAAAAACUUAAGCUUAUCUUUACAGUUCUUAUUAACUUGCAACUGAUUUUAAUAGCAAGAUAGUGUUUAGAUAUACUCUCCUAAAAAAUAAAAUUUAAAAUAAUCAAGAAUUAAUUAACUUCCUUCAGCAUUAAAGCGAUUCUAGAUCGGUUCUUCUUUUAAUAUGGUAUGAAAAUUACUUAAGGGAAAUAUAAGAAAAUAGGUAAACAGGAUCAUAAAAUAAGAAAUGCCUUAAACUAUUUUUAGACAAUGCAGUAAUUAUUAUGAGUAAAUUCGUUGAAUAUUCUAAAAGUGUUAGUGAUGGGCAAGAUCAGAGAAAAAAGAUUCUAAUUGAGUAAUAAAAUAAAUAAAGGUAUGAUGAUACCUCAAUAGUAGAAUUUGAAAAAAUUAUAAAAGAUACAAAUACUAAAGAAAAAAAUGAAUACAUUUUACUUUUAAGAAAUAAUAUUUCUUAAAUUAUAUUACCUUGCAUAAAAAUAAUUCAACCUAUUGAAUAUUAUGAAUCUAUAAAUUCAAUUUUGGAUUUACUUAUUGACUUGAACAGCUAUAGUUUCUAAAGAAAUCUCCUAACUAUCACAUGUAAAAGCUGUUAGUAAUGCCAAAACUGUAAAUCAAAAAACUCUGAUAGCUUUGAUAUAGAUCUUAAGAUAAUCAUUAAGAAUAUACUAAAUUAUAUUACCUAAUUUAUGCCAAAAUAACCACCUUAAUAAUUUGCUGCUGAAACAAAACCUGAAUAAUAGAAACAAUAAAAUAAUGAAUAAUUAGAAUAGAAAUAACAAGAAGUAGCUCAUAAAGAUAUUGACAGUUAGUUAUUAUAAUAACAAGAAAACUAGCAGUUAAAAGAAGAAGUUGAUGAGUAAAAGUAAUAAAAGGAAAUAGAAAUUGUAGAAUAAAUUAAAGAAUGCUAAAAUACAGAAUAAAGCAAAACUAUUGUAUCAGAAACAGAACAAAAUAAAAAUAAUAUAGAUUAAAGCUAAAUUAAAUUAUAAGAAAAAGAAGAAUAAACUGAAAGCUCUAAUUCAUAAGUUUAAUAAAUAUAAACUGACCAACAUGAAAUUACUGAGGAAGAUCAUUCUUCUGAAAUUUUAGAUUAAUAAGAUCAGUAAUAGUCUCCAUAAAAUUAAAAUGAGUAGGUUUUUAUUAAUUAAGUAAAUGAAGAACAGACUUAAAAUGCUAGCUCAUAAGAAUAGUAGAUUCAAAAUUAAAAUUUGAUAUAAAGUGAAAAGCAUGAAACUAUUGAAGAAGAUCAUUUUUCAGAAAUUAUUGAUUCAUAAGAUUAGUAAUAAUCAACACCAAAUUAAAUAUAGCAAAUUAACAUUAAAGAAGAAGAAUAAAAUUGUCAAAUUGAAAAAUAAUAAAGUGAAUAAUCAUCUGAAGAAUAAAUAUAAUUUGAAGAUGACGAAUAAGAACAAGAUUAAGCUGUCAAAUCAGAAUUAAAAUAGUAAACUGAAAAUAUCAUUGAGAGUUAAAAUGAUAAUUAAAUUCAAGAAGAAAAGCAAGAUAACUUAGAAAUGAAUAAAAGUGAUUCGAAUGAUGAUUAAGUAAUUAUAGUUGAAAAUGAAACUGUAAAUUGA